CACCCUCCGGCGGUCUCCGCGGCGGCGGCGGCCUGGGCGGACCGUGCGCUGUGCGCAGGCGCGCAGAGCCUAGACCUCGCUGCAGCCCCCGGCGCCUCCGGGAGUCGCACCCUCGGAGUCGGCCCGCUGGCGCGUCAGUGCUCCCCUCGCCCGUGCUCCCGGGUUCCCCUUGCGCCCUACGCGCCCCAAUGGCGGAGCUGCGGCCUAGCCUGCCCCCCGGCCCCGCCGCGCCCCCGGCCCCUGGCCCGACUGCCCCGCCGCCCUUCGCCUCGCUCUUCCCCCCGGGACUGCACGCCAUCUACGGGGAGUGCCGCCGCCUCUACCCCGACCAGCCGAACCCGCUCCAGGUUACCGCUAUCGUCAAGUACUGGUUGGGGGGCCCAGACCCCUUGGACUACGUUAGCAUGUACAGGAACGUGGGGAGCCCGUCUGCCAGCAUCCCCGAGCACUGGCAUUACAUCAGCUUCGGCCUGAGCGAUCUCUACGGUGACAGCAGAGUCCACGAAUUUACAGGAACAGAUGGACCUAGUGGUUUUGGCUUUGAGUUGACAUUUCGUCUGAAGAGAGAAACCGGGGAAUCUGCACCCCCAACCUGGCCCGCAGAGCUAAUGCAGGGAUUGGCCAGAUACGUGUUCCAGUCAGAGAACACCUUCUGCAGUGGGGACCACGUGUCCUGGCACAGCCCCUUGGACAACAGCGAGUCGAGGAUCCAGCACAUGCUGCUGACAGAGGACCCGCAGAUGCAGCCCGUGCAGACGCCCUUCGGGGUCGUCACCUUCCUGCAGAUCGUCGGUGUCUGCACGGAGGAGCUGCACGCCGCCCAGCAGUGGAACGGGCAGGGCAUCCUGGAGCUGCUGCGCACGGUGCCCGUAGCCGGCGGCCCCUGGCUGAUAACGGACAUGCGGCGGGGAGAGACCAUAUUCGAGAUUGAUCCGCAGCUGCAACAGGAGAGAGUUGACAAAGGCAUCGAGACGGACGGCUCCAAUCUGAGCGGUGUCAGCGCCAAGUGUGCCUGGGAUGACCUGAGCCGGCCGCCUGAAGACGACGAGGACAGCAGGAGUAUCUGCAUCGGUUCGCAGCCCCGGCGGCUUUCAGGCAAAGACACAGAGCAGAUCCGCGAGACCCUGAGGAGAGGACUCGAGAUCAACAGCAAACCCGUCCUUCCGCCAAUCAACACUCAGCGGCAGAAUGGCUUCUCCCUCGACCGGGCCCCGAGUCGCAAGGACAGCCUGGAGAGCGACAGCUCCACGGCCAUCAUCCCGCACGAGUUGAUCCGCACGCGGCAGCUCGAAAGCGUGCACCUGAAAUUCAACCAGGAGUCUGGCGCCCUCAUUCCCCUCUGCCUCCGGGGCAGGCUCCUGCACGGGCGACACUUCACCUAUAAGAGCAUCACGGGUGACAUGGCCAUCACGUUCGUCUCCACGGGAGUAGAAGGCGCCUUUGCCACCGAGGAACACCCGUACGCGGCUCACGGACCCUGGUUACAAAUUCUGUUGACGGAAGAAUUUGUAGAGAAAAUGUUGGAGGACUUGGAAGAUCUGACUUCUCCAGAAGAGUUCAAACUGCCUAAGGAGUACAGCUGGCCCGAAAAGAAGCUGAAAGUCUCCAUCCUUCCCGACGUGGUGUUCGACAGUCCUCUGCACUAACAUGGGCUGGGCCCCACCGGGGCCACAAGCACACCCAGCUGCUCCCAGGGACUUCUGGGGAGACCCCUGCACCCGGAGAUCCUGCAGAGGACAGGACGCGUGUGAGG